UCAGAGUGGCUGUGUGGGUGAAGGGGGUGAGUCCGUCAAAGACAAUCAAAGAUGUUUGAGUUUCCAUGCGCAGUGACCAGGGAGGUACACAUCACUCCUCCUCCUCCUCCUGCUCCUGCUCCUGCAGCAGCUCCGGUCUCCGGCCUGCUCUCUGCGGGGGAUUUUAAACUCACUCGAUCAAAAGAAGAGCCUCUGGAAAGAGAAAUGUGAUUUACUUUCGCCAGAGAAACGAAGGAAAACCAGAUAAGACCUGUCGGCGAGAAUGAAUUACUCCAAGGCGCAAAUGUCCAGUUUAUCUGAGGAGGUGAGUUCAUCUGGGUGUCCACAGCCCAGUCCUGCAGGAGGGAAGCUAGAGGCCAUGAUGGAGCAGCUGCAGAGACAACAAGAAGCCAAACUAGAGAUGAACCUCCAGGAGAAACAUCUGCUUCAAGCUCAGCUCCUGUUUGCCCAACAGGCGGCAGCUGCCAGAGCCUCCAGCUCCAGACCAGACUUCUACAGGAAGGUAGAGGGACACAUUUAUCCACCGAACCCUCUGGGCAGAGUGGACGUGAAGGAGGAGGACUCAGAUGAGGAGGAACAAGAUAUGUUGGAGGGAGAUGAGGAAGAGGAGGAGAAGGGAGAUGAGAAUGGGCCUCACCAACAGGUGAAGAAGCUGGUCCUCCAACAGGUUUCACAUUUUCAGCCUUUUUCUGGUCCUCUGUCAGCUGCUGCUGAGCAGAUCCCCAGGUCUCCGUCCUCAGAGAUCAAACCGGACCAGAAGGAGAAGAACCUGCCAUCUCCUGCAGGCCAGACCACCUUCACCUCACCCAGUAGCUUCUCUGACUGGAGCUAUGACGAGAUGUUCAAACAGAGAGGAAGAGGCAUCUGGGCCGAGGAGAGCGACGGAGGAAAAGUGAAAGCAGGAGAACCAUCCAGGGACUUUGCCAAGCUGUAUGAACUAGAUAAUGACCCAGAUCGCAAAGAGUUCCUUGAUGAACUAUUUGUCUUUAUGCAGAAACGAGGAACGCCGGUCAACCGCAUUCCCAUUAUGGCGAAGCAGGUGUUGGACUUGUACAGGCUGUAUAAACUCGUGACGGAGAAGGGAGGACUGGUGGAGGUCAUCAACAAGAAGAUCUGGAGGGAGAUCACCAAAGGUCUCAAUCUGCCCACAUCCAUCACCAGCGCAGCUUUCACCCUCCGAACCCAGUAUAUGAAAUACCUGUACCCCUUUGAGUGUGAGAAGAAAGGUCUGAGUUCUCCGGGUGAGCUGCAGGUAGCGAUCGAUAGUAACCGCAGGGAGGGCCGACGUCCCAGCUUCACCAGCAGCCUUUAUCGCUACUCCCCGUCCCCAAGCUCUGCUCCACACCCGCUCCUGUCCUCACCUUCGAUGCAAACUACUCCAACUGCACUCAACGGCGUGAAUCUAUCCGCCAGUCCCAAUUUAAAACGGAACAUCGAUGAGACCUCCACCUCUGUAAUACCCAGACUGCCAGUGGCUAUGGCGCUCGGCCAACACCAGCAGCAUCAGCACCAGCAGCUUGCACAAGCUGCCACGCUGGAGCAUCUCAGGGAGAGGUUGGACCGAGCGGCUGGUGGCGCUGCAGUCGAUGGUCCAGAGAAGAAAAUGAUGCGGCUUGCAGAGGAGCAGCAGCGCCUCAUGCAACAGGCCCUCCAACAAAACCUCCUGGCAAUGGCCUCUCAGUUCAACCCCAUGAACCUCAAGCUGAACAAUGGGCACGAAAAAAAGCAAGAUUUAUCACUAAAUAUCUCUACUAAUGGACCAGCCAGUAUCAGUGUCUCUGUGGAGGUCAAUGGUACAAUCUACUCAGGAACUCUGUUGGCCCAGAAGUCUGCUGCUCCUGUCUCAUCCCAGACUGUAACUCCAGCAGGAACCACUGGUUUCAGUGCCCUCUCCUCCUCUCACAGUCCCUCAUCUACAUCUUCUACUUCCUCAAAGGGACCAAAUUAAAGCAUUACAUGCUGCACCUCUGCUUAGACAAAAAAGCACGAACUUCAGGGAAAAAGGUCUGCUACGCAGAAAGCCAAUGUUAUUUUUUACUUCGGUUCCUCUGACAGCCUAAAUACUUAGAGAUGAUUUAAGUUGGAAAAAGACCCUUUUAGAUUCUGAUCUGUUAACUAUAGUGCCUGUUAGUGUUUUCUAUGUAAACAUUUUUGUCUAAAAUAUUUUACAGUGAUUGUUCAGGAGUGUCUUUAGAGCAUCAAAACACACGGUGGAAAUCUGUGUUUCAUUGACAUUUAGAGGAGCUUUAUCCAACCGUUCCUUAGUGUUUCUGUGUGAUCAUCAGUAGAAGAAUGUAGCUGCCCAAGAGCAGCUAAUGAAAACCAAAACGCCUUAGCUCAGGGUCAUGGCUUCGAAACCACUUUUCUGAUGCUUUUUUAUUUCCUGUGAUCAUUAUUUGAUUUAACUUGAGUUUGAGCUCAAACUUUCUACUUUUGAUAGAAGAAUUCAGGGAAAAUGUAGUUUCCACAGAAAAACACCACGUCCUAAAGGCACAAAGUAGUUUGGGUUAUUUUACAUUUGUUUUUUAUUUAAUAAUUUUGGUUUGUGAACGUUGUUGACUAUGUUAUUGCAGGGAACACUUAUAUAGAACUGAUGCAACAUUUACCUCAUUGACUUCCCCUGUUGGUAGGUUUCCUCAGUCUGUCUCAUAAUAUAUUACUGUUAUAUUUGUAUAAACGCAGAGAAUGUAACAUUGGUGACCUCCAGCUCUGGUCUAAUGAACACUGACACAAUGCUACCUCAUUCCACUAAAAUAUAUGCAAUGCUGAAUGCAGCAUGUGUUCAUGAAGCCCCGUGCUGAUAUAAUCUGUAUGUGGACAAUCAAAUACAUAUCUUUGCAAAUAAAUAAGUUUGCCACAGCCA